AUGCCACAGAGAAAUAGAGACAACAUUAAGCCUGAACAAACAGACGUCAUCCACCGUUUUGCCAAAAGGCUUGGUCACUCCUUCCGAGCUGUGCCACAUUGCCAGGAUCAGCUGCGCCGAAAUGAGGCUUUGGCGGUCUUGUACCUUUAUGCCGCAUCAACAGCAGGACAUCCGGGUGCUUUGAUGGCAAUGGGAUAUAGACACCUCCACGGCUACGGUGUUCCACAGGCUUGCAGUACAGCAGCCUUGAACUACAUCGAUGUGGCCAAGGGCGUGGCUUCCAUCUACAGUUCAGGGAUGCCACAGGCGGUAGAGCUUGUUCGACUGAACCUGCCGCAUAAGGAUAGAAAGGUUCUCAGCUCAUCGGAGUUGAACCUCUUUGUGCAGAUUGCCACCAGCGGCGACAGUACGGUCGCAGCAGCGAUUGGUAAACGGUAUCUCUUGGGCAUCGAAGGUUUUAAGCAGGACUUCCAGAAGGCACCGGAUGCCAAGCAGGAUGCAAAGGGCAGCAAAGCAUGGCAAUGGCACGAAAUGAAGAUGAGCAUAGAGAUCGUAGGCCUUGGGACGCCGGUGAACUUGGAUACGGCCUAUGCCUACUUUGCGACGGCGGCGUCACACAAUGACCCGUUAGGUCACAAUGGCCUUGGCUAUAUCUACUUCCGAGGGACCAAUGCUCAGGGACGGAAUUUGAAGCUGGCCUUCAGCCACUUCAACGAGUCGGCCUACGGCGGUUCGUCCGAUGGAAUGUUCAAUCUGGCGAGCAUGUACCUCACUGGUACGGCUGUCCAGGAGUCAUUCCAAAUGGCUGUGCUUUACUAUGCUCAGGCGCUAGAUCGGGGGCACACCCCGGCUGCUUACUCUUUGGCUGUGAUGCAUCUCAACGGCAUCGGGACAGUACGAGACUGUGACAUCGCUGUCAACCUCUUAAAGAAGGUGUGCGAGCGAGGAGAAUGGGUCUCCAGCAAACUGGUUAGUGCCUAUGACUUCGGCGACAAACAUCCGAACAAAGCGGCGUUGAUGUUUUUGAAGCUCGCGGAAGCUGGGCACGAGGUCUCGCAGAUGAAUGUGGCCUAUCUAUUUGACAGUGGGCAUGCCAACUUGUUCUCACCUGAAGAAGGCUGGGGCAAGUCAGCCAGCUUUACAGAGACGGCAUCGCCUGAUGGAGAUAAGCACGAUCAAGGUGAAGAUUGGCUUGAUUUCCCUUUACCGCCGUCUUACAACAUAGAGCUUCGACCUCAACCCGUUGACUAUGAGGCAGCUUUGGCGAGAUAUCGCAAAACUGCUGACUUAACCGUCACGGGCGAAUGGAUGCAAUCCUUUGUGGCGAGAGCUUCCUUCAAUCUGGGCUUCAUGCAUCAGUUCGGCAUCGGCAUUGCACAGGACAUCAUUCUUCCGACAAAAUAUGCCAUGAAGCAGUAA